GGAGCGCGCGAGCCAGCGAGAGAGAGGCAGCCGCGCCCGCCGCCACCCGUGCUCUGUAUGCCGCUCUCUCCUGGCGCGGCCGCCGCCGAUUGCAGCAGCAGGAGCCGCAGCGGCCGCGGUUGAUGUGGUUGGGCCGGGGCAGAGGAGGCCGCCAAGAUGCCCCCGUCCAAGUCCCGGAAGAUCGCGAUCCUGGGCUACCGGUCUGUGGGGAAAUCUUCAUUGACAAUUCAAUUUGUUGAAGGCCAAUUUGUUGACUCCUACCAUCCAACCGUAGAAAACACUUUUACAAAGUUGAUCACAGUAAAUGGACAAGAAUAUCAUCUUCAACUUGUAGACACAGCUGGGCAAGAUGAAUAUUCCAUCUUUCCUCAGACAUACUCCAAAGACAUUAAUGGUUAUAUUCUUGUGUAUUCUGUUACAUCCAUCAAAAGUUUUGAAGUGAUUAAAGUUAUCCAUGGCAAAUUGUUGGAUAUGGUGGGGAAAGUACAGAUACCUAUUAUGUUGGUUGGAAAUAAGAAAGACCUGCAUAUGGAAAGGGUGAUCAGUUAUGAAGAAGGGAAAGCUUUGGCAGAAUCUUGGAGCGCAGAUUUUUUGGAAUCUUCUGCUAAAGAAAAUCAGACUGCUGUUGAUGUCUUUAGAAGGAUAAUUUUGGAGGCAGAAAAAAUUGAUGGGGCAGCUUCACAAGGGUCUUCGUGCUCGGUGAUGUAAUUCUCUGCAAAAUCUGAGGACACUGGGAAUAUAUUCUACCUGAAGAAGCAAACUGCCCGUUAUCCUUUAAGAUAAACUAUGCUUCUUUUUUCUUCUGUUAACCUGAAAGAUAUCAUUUGGGUCAGAGCUUCCUUCCCUUCAGAUUAUGUUAAACUCUGACUCUGUACAAAUGAGUUCACUUCCAUUUUCAAAUUUUAAGCAAUCUAUUUUCAAUUUAUAUAUUGUAUUUCUUAAUAUUAUGACCAAGAAUUUUAUCGGCAUUAAUUUUUCAGUGUAGUUUGUUGUUUAAAAUAAUGUAAUCAUCAAAAUGAUACAUAUUGUUACACUACUAUUAACUAGGCUUCAAUAUAUCAGUGUUUAUUUCAUUGUGUUAAAUGUAUACUUGUAAAUAAAAUAGCUGCAAACCUUAAAAAAAAAAA